AUUUCGCCGAACGUUUUCGAUCGGUUGAAACGAUUUGUUUUUAUUUUAUUUUUUUUUUUUUUUACGAAUAUAUAUAUACAUAUAUUUUUUUUUUUCGCAACAUAUUAGAUAAAAAAAAUUUAAUUAAAACCGCGCUCGACGUUAAGAUAAGGAGCGGUACCCGUAUACGUUAAUCGGUUAAACGAAACUCAACCGUGUACGUUAUUUAAUGUUGUGCUCGUGCGUGGUUCCUUCAGGGUACAACAACAACAACAACACAAACGAUGAUGACAGCGGCGGCGGAGAUGACGAAACUGUUGGCAACGGAAAAAACAUGCUGGCGCGGAAGCUAUCAACUAAGGGUGACACUCUUUACCUCGAGAGACGGGUGGGUCUCUUCAGUGGGGUGGCUCUAAUCGUAGGCACAAUGAUUGGUUCUGGAAUAUUUGUUUCUCCGACGGGACUGCUGAUCAGGACUGGGUCAAUAGGCCUGAGUUUUGUUAUAUGGGCAUUAUGUGGUGCCAUGUCACUAUUGGGAGCCUUAGCGUAUGCCGAACUAGGCACGAUGAAUCCCAGUUCCGGGGCCGAGUACGCGUAUUUGAUGGAUGCAUUUGGACCAAUGCCUGCAUUUCUAUUUUCUUGGAUAUCCACAUUGAUACUUAAACCAUCACAGGUGGCUAUAAUAUGUCUGAGUUUCGCCAAAUACGCAGUCGAAGCAUGUGUUGAUGAAUGUGGUUCCUCAGAUUUUGCAGUGAAGAUCGUCGCUAUUCUGUCUAUUUUGGUCAUCACGUACAUAAACUGCUACAGCGUGAAUUUGGCCACUGGCGUGCAAAAUGCAUUUACGGCGGCAAAACUUGUCGCUGUUUUCGUCGUGGUCGCCGGAGGCGUGUACAAAAUCUUCCAGGGACGUACGGAAAACUUUCGGGACUAUUUCGACAACACAACUUCCAGUAUGGGUGAUGUGGCCACCGCUUUUUACUCGGGGCUGUGGGCGUACGACGGUUGGAACAAUCUCAAUUACGUCACUGAGGAAAUAAAAAAUCCUUCGAAGAACAUUCCAAAAGCGAUUUAUAUCAGCAUACCAUUGGUGACGAUUUGUUAUAUAUUGGUGAAUGUGGCGUACCUCACAAUCAUGUCACCGGACGAAAUAGUGCGAAAUGAAGCUGUAGCCGUGACAUUCGGUAUCCGAGCGCUUGGGCCCAUUGCCUGGGUGAUACCGUUGUCGAUCACGGUGUCCACGUUGGGAUCGGCCAAUGGCACCUUGUUCGCCGCUGGAAGAUUGUGUUUUGCUGCCAGCAGGGAAGGCCAUUUGAUGAACGUUUUGUCAUACAUUCACAUUAAAAAGCUCACGCCCAUGCCAAGCAUCAUAUUUCACUCGAUAAUAACCAUAAUGAUGGUGGCAUCGGGCACGAUCAACUCCCUUAUCGACUUCUUCAGUUUUACAGCAUGGAUAUUCUACGGAAGCGCUAUGUUAGCGUUGCUAGUGAUGCGGUACACGAAGCCCGACGUACCGAGACCGUAUAAAGUACCCAUAAUCAUUCCGUUAACCAUAUUUGUUAUUUCAAUCUAUUUGGUGAUAGCGCCAAUAUUAGAUAAACCUCAAAUCGAAUAUUUGUACUCGAUGAUAUUUAUGAUCGCCGGAAUAGUGUUUUACGUACCGUUCGUUCGUCUGGGAUACAAAUUCCCUAUAAUCGAUCGUUGGACCGUUUUUAUACAGUUGCUAUUACAGGUAGCGCCCACUAAAUUAGUGUUACCAAAUUAAAACAGAAUAAGCCAUCAAGUCUUCCAUUAAUUGCAUAUCCAAUUACCAAUAUAGACAAUAUAGUGAAUACAGAAUUUAUUUUCUAGUGCUAUAUUCAUACUUGGACAUUUUGUUGACAGUAAUACCAUUAAUUUUAUUGUUUAGUUAAUAAUAUUAGUUUAACGUGUUGUGAGUAUAAAGUACAUAUAUUUGUUAUAUAUCACACAACAUAUGCAUUGUACACCAAAAAAAUAUAAAAAAUAAUUU